AUGAUGCAGCAGCAAGUUUUGCUUCCCAGCAAUCAUGUGUUCAGCGGCUACGGCGGCCUCAUGGGCUGCGGCGGCGAAGACCUCGACAAUCUGGCGUCGUAUCAGUCGUCAGGUCGUAUGUCGUCCUACGCCAGCCAUUCCCUGGCUCCUCAAAUCCAGCAGAUCCAGCAGCAGGGCCAAUAUUACGAAAGCGACGGAUGGUAUACCCCAAGUCCGCCGACCUCGCAUCGCUCGCUUAGCCCAGCAGGUCUGUCCGAGUCGGAGAUGGCUCAGCUCAACGGGGGCGGCUAUCAUCACGCCCAGAGCCAAGACUUGACGCAGCUGCAUCCCCAGCAAUUUCACGGGCAAUUACCGUACGAGCAGCAUCAGAUGCAGCCACAACAACAACAAAUUAUGCAAAAUAUCCCGACGGAUCAUUUCGCACCCUUUCAGGCGGCUGCGAUGCAGCACCAGCUCGACGACGAUAACACCGCAGUGAGUCCCACGACGACGAUGAACAACAAUCAAUUUUGCCAGGACAUGGGAUUCGCCGACGAGAUGAGUAGUUGCUCUUCAGAGCGCAGUGACAGUCCCGGCGGCCUCGACUCGGCCGGUAGCGAGCCCACUACCUCUUGCGCCGACCGAAAAUCCGGAACCAAGUCAGGCAAGUCUGGCAAAACAACGACGACGACGGGGGUGGUGAGGAAACGGCGACUCGCAGCCAACGCCCGUGAACGACGCAGAAUGCAGAAUCUCAACAAGGCCUUCGAUCGUCUGAGGGAUUAUCUACCCUCGCUGGGCAACAACAGACAGCUGUCCAAGUACGAGACGCUGCAGAUGGCACAGUCCUACAUCACGGCCCUGUGCGACCUCCGCGACAAGAGGAACGACGAGGAGUGA